UCCCAACCCAACCACACCACCCCACCCCCUGGCUGGCGAGUGCCGGCCACUAUAAAAAGAGACCAGGAGCCACGCGUUUUUCCGCCCCCAGGAACAGCGAGGCAAACACCUUCACUUCUCUCUCCCCCUCCACAGCUGUUGUGUUCGGGCGGGAGGGGAUGGAGCGGUUCGGCGUGCUGGGCGCGCGGCUGGGCCUGGAUGGCGGAGGCGGAGAGCUGCCGCCGGGAUUCCGGUUCCACCCGACGGACGAGGAGCUCAUCACCUACUACCUCCUCCGCAAGGCCGUCGACGGCAGCUUCUGCGGCCGGGCCAUCGCCGAGAUCGACCUCAACAAGUGCGAGCCAUGGGAGCUACCGGACAAGGCGAAGAUGGGGGAGAAGGAGUGGUACUUCUACAGCCUCCGCGACCGCAAGUACCCGACAGGGCUGCGCACCAACCGCGCCACGGUGGCCGGCUACUGGAAGGCCACGGGCAAGGACCGCGAGAUCCGCAGCAGUCGCUCAGGCGCGCUCGUCGGCAUGAAGAAGACACUCGUCUUCUACCGCGGCCGCGCGCCCAAGGGCCAGAAGACGCACUGGGUCAUGCACGAGUACCGUCUCGAGGGCACCUACGCCUACCACUACCUCCCCAACUCCUCGAGGGAUGAGUGGGUGAUCGCCAGGGUGUUCCAGAAGCCCGGCGAAGUCGCGCCCGCCCGCAGGAACCGCCUCGGCCUCAGCGGCGCUGGCGGCGGUGACGCGUCUUGCUUCUCGGACUCCGCCUCAGCCUCCAUCGGCGGGGGAGGCGGGGGCGCAUCUGCCUCGUCCGCGCCGCGCCACCUACUCACGGACGCCUCGCUGUUCGCCGCGGCCGCCGCCGACGGUGAGAGCAGCUCCUACGGCUGCGGCGGAGGCAACGCCAAUGCCAACGUGGUCACCGGCCGUGAGCUCGUGCCCUGCUUCUCCACUACCACAGCCCCCAUGGAUGCCGCCCUCGGCAUCGGGCAGUACAACCCGGUCCAGCUCGCCUUCGAGCCGCCGCCAGCCUUCUUCCCGAGCCUCCGCUCCCUGCAGGAGAACCUCCAGCUGCCUCUGUUCCUCUCCGGCGGUCUCCCAUCCAGCGCGUCGACGCUGGGCGGCGGUUCCCUCCACUGGCCCGCCGGCAUGGAGGUGAAGGUCGAGGGCGCCAUGGGCCGCGCGGCGCCGCAGAUGGCCGUCGGCCCCGGCCAGCUCGACGGCGCCUUCAGCUGGGGCUUCUAGCUGCGUACACCACUCCUAGUUUGGCCAGCAACCUGUGGUUGUGUGCUGAUCAAGUACCCUAGUAACCGAAUAACUAGUGUUCGCUGUGAUCGUGUACGCUUAAGCGGUAGUGUUAAUUCUGUUGUGACUGCGUCUACGCUUUGGUGGUGGUUAUGUCUUACUGCAUUAGCUGGAUGUGACUGGCCGUGAGUUGGUAGCUAGAUAAAUCUAUAGGUAAUUGAAGUGAAGUCGCCUAUCUAGCUUUGUUCAUGGAUUAGAUGUGUACCGGUGUAACCGGCCUAGUUAAUGUUUGUGCUGUACCUUGUCCACUCUGUUCU